AAGGAUAUCAUGUAGCCAUAUAUGUUUUCCUGAGCAUAGAUCAGGUAACUCAUUUCUCAGCCAAUGAAGAACCAGCGAAUAUUUCAACAUUCCUUUUUUUUUUGCUCUCUAGAAUGUAUAAACCUCUGUAUUUGCACAUGUCAGACUCUCCUCUCUCUGCUUUGUCCUUCUGUUUUUUUGACAGUGUGCAGAAAUGAAGGCGUGACCUAAGCUGGCUUAAGAUGGUGGUGCGAUUGUUUUUACUGCUCCAUAAAGCAAACUUUGUUUACACCCCACUGCCACAUGGAGGCAGCUGGAAAUUUUUGAUCUUUUUUUCUGUUCAACUGUAUUUUGUCGAACAAGAUUGAACAAGUCACGCCUACUGCUGGAUAAAAUUAUCUGACAUGCUUUUAGUUCCUUUAUUUUAGCUCAACAUCCUAAUGAAUAACUUCACUGUUAUGCUUUCAUAAGAUGCCUUAAAAGAUUCCCAGAUCAGAAGUGGGGUUUUUGACUCCUUAUAUUUUCUAAAAUCUGUUUUUUAAAUUAUUAUUAUUAUCAUUUUACCCUUAACACAAACACACUUGUAUUGAUUUUUAUCAGUUUGGAUUUUUUUCCACAUAUCUCCAGUUUGUUCGUUGGAAGUGAGUUGUAAAUGAAAACAUCAUGGGACCAAAUAAAGGAUUCAUGGCUGUCAUUUUCCUGUUGGGAUGCAUGCUUUUUAUCACUCUGACAACUCAUGGAUGGGAUGUUUACCAGCAAUCUCUAGUACUGAGAUCUACAAAACGGCAAUAUCUAAGAAAGGACCUUCUAAGAAAAUACUGUGCUGGUGUGAACCAAAGCUUGGACGACUUGAGGGACAUAGACUUUAAAAAUUUUAUUGUGGAUGACAAACAUGGCAUCAUCUACUGCUAUAUUCCUAAGGUGGCUUGUACCAACUGGAAGAGAACCUUAAUAGCUUUAAACAACAGUGAGCCUUAUCCUGACCCCAUGUCCUUCGAACAUAACUGGGUUCAUCAUUUCGAUAGAUUCAAGCUCUUAAAAGACUUUCCACAAGCAGAGAGAAAGGCAAAACUAAAUCAUUACACCAAGUUCCUGUUUGUCCGCGAUCCAUUUGUCCGCCUCAUCUCCGCCUAUAGGGACAAGAUGCAGCAGUAUAACCAAUAUUUCUAUGAGGGUUAUGUGAGAGUCAUUUUGCAAUUUUACAAAAACCUGACAAAUCUGCCUUACAACCAUGAAGUGGCUAAGGAGCGCGGUCUUCAACCGUCAUUCUAUAACUUCAUUCAGUACCUACUGGAUCCAAAAACAGAGAAAAAAGAGCCCUUUGAGCCCCACUGGAGGCAGAUGUUUCGCCUGUGCCACCCCUGCCUCGUUGAAUAUGACCUCGUCGGCCAUCAAGAGACUCUUCAAGAAGAUGCUCAGGAGCUGCUGAAGAUCUUAAAGCUGGAAGACGAUAUCAAGUUUCCUCCUUCCUAUGAAAAUAUGACUUCUCGCAAUUCUGUUGAGGACUGGUUUCAAAGUGUACCACUGGAAGACAGGAGGAAGCUGUACAAACUAUAUGAAAGAGACUUUUUACUAUUUGGGUACAGAAGGCCAUCUGAACUGCUGGAUGAAUGAUCUGAAAAAACAAGAGUUACUCCAAAGUACACAGUAGUACACAGCUGUCAUUCAUUUACGGUUAAGCAAUCACAUUUUUUGUAAGCUGGGUUACACUCAUAAAAACUAUAGAUGUGUUUGCCUUUCCAGAAAGCACCAAAUAACAAUUUAAGGCCUCUUCUUCAAUUUAAAUUUUAGCAAUAUUUCAAGAUAAAUAAACUCUCUGCCAAUGUUUA